CUCACGGCCGCUUCAAGGCUGCAAACGCAAGAAGGCAGCGCCAAGUUGAUUCUGAAAUCUUUGUUUGAUUCUAGUAUGGAGAAGGGGCACAUCGGUUCAGAAAACGAAAGAGGCGAUGAACGCGUCGAGGACGACGGGGAAUUACAAAAACAAACAGACGUGAAAGAUGAUGACGUUUUAGACGUCUUGAUCGUCUAUGACGCAGAGAACGAAGAGACGAACGAGGAUCUUACGGAAAAGGUGACCAAAUUACAGAGGACCAUCUCUUGCGAUUUCGGGCUCGACGUCAACAACAUUGAUGCGGUAAGAACAAAACAUAUUUGUCAUCGGGGUUCUCUAAAAUACUUAAAAACUAUUGCUCUCCCACCCUCACAUACUUGCACACCAAGAGUAUUGGGUCCUCAUAUUACAUAAGGUUAUGGGGACUCCGCUCAAACACUCAUCCCCCAUUUACAAAACAACAUAACUUUUGUAUUACGCAACACAACCACUCUGUUGUCAUGUCAGUUGUGAUACAUAAUGUAAACGAUAUUGAUGUUUUAAUUAUAAAAUAUCUCCAUUGGUCAUCAUCAUCACCACCUUCUUCCACAGAGGCGUUUGCCCGGCCGUUUGAAGCUCGAUCAUCAAACAGAAGAAAUCAGUCGAGCCAGAACGGUUCUCGUGCUGUUAAGUGAGGAUUCACCGUCCAGGUUUGAAAUAAUUUCAAUUCAAACGCUCAAGAUUUUUAAAAAAAAACGAAAAAAAAAAAAAACUCCUUUAAAUGAAAAUCGUGAGCGUUAUUGGAAGUCAGUAAAAAAAAAACUAUUGCAUUAAAUUAUUUUAAAACAAAUUACUCGCAUCGUUAGUGCAGAGCAAUUAAAGAAAUAUUGGUUGUUUUGUGAAAGAUUGAAAUGGGUGGAGAUGUGAUUGAAGUCAGUCGACUAACGGGAACUUAAAAAAAAGUUAUUUUUAUUUUUUACUUUUUAAUAUUAAAAAAAAUAUAUAUAACUUUUCAAAAUAUUGAUGUCUCCAUCCCAAUUAGUACAGCGGAUCUCAACCUUUGGGGGACGAACGACUCUUUAACAGGGGUCGCCUAAGACCAUCGGGAAACACAUAUACUCUGUAGUUAUGAAGUAGCAACGAAACUUAUUUUAUGGUUGGGGGUCAACACAAACAUGAGGAACUUUAUUAAAGGGUCGCGGCAUUGCGAAGCUUGAGAACCACUGUAAUAGGACAAUAGAGCUGUAUCAUCUUAAACAUUCCUCUAAAUGACGACUAGUGAACUGACUACCCGUAUUGAAAGACUGCAAUAUUUGUUUUCUUGUCCACAGCAUAUUUACGUCUGUUCUCGCGUACAUCCCUUCCAUUAUCACGGACUGCAAAGAAAAUGGCCGAGCCGGACCCAAAGUCCUGAUGGGAUUAGCACACGGCGCGGUGGAAAUCCCAAGGAUGCUGAAAAAAAAAGAGUUUCAUAAAAUUGAUAUGUCCACAAUUUUGGAUAGAAUUCAAAUCUCACCAGAGGAAGAAGAAGAAGAUGUAGAGGAGCGCAUGGAGUCUAUGGUGUCCCAAACUGACGUCAAACUUGGAAAUUACCGAGACAACACCAAUGGCUCAGAGGAAAGGGCAUCUGUGAAGGAUUACCAUUCACAUCCGAGUGGAGCCAGAGACGGUCCAAUGUCCCAGAGUUCUGUGGGAGAUUUCAGUGAUUGCGUCGGAGCCAAGAUGUCGCUGUUCUGUGCGCUAAUUAACAAGGAGUGGACAAGCUUUGUAAAGUCUCCAUAAAUUGGACCAUCUGAAUACUUUCCGAUAAAAUCUAUGAGUUUUAAAUUUUCGGCCACAUGUGGUGAAAGUCAUGUGACUGCCCAUAGUCGUUGACUAGACGGUUUAGCACAAGCAUAAACGAAGUGGUACGAAGUAGCACUAUCACAACGAAUGGUGCUAUAGUUUGAGGUUCUCAUGUUGGGCGAAGCAUGGAAUCGCUAAACAUAUAGUUUUAAACGAAUUAAAUAAAUAUAUAAUAUGUAUAUUUAGAUAUCAGUAUUGCAGCCCAUGACAUUGUUAAAAUCUCAUUAUCGUGUCAUAUUUUGCCCCUUUCACAAGUCAUUGAUUUUUAUGUCCCC